AGAGAAGGGCGAGUGAGUUUGUUGGGAUGUCCCGUCGAGUGGACUGCUGCUACUACUCGUCUUCAGUUGUUACCACUGCCUUAUAUAUUGUUUAUGCAAAACUAGAUCUGAUGGAAGAGCAUGAGGUGUUGCGUGAAUUGUCGAUGCUGGUUUGGUCAUUUACACUGGAGCCAUGUGCCCAUGUGUUCAACUUGUGCGCAUGUUUUCUGAUGCUUGGGUAGUUGGGUUGUUUAUUUUUUUUUUGGAGAGUGCUUACGUUAAUCAAGUGUCUUUGUGCUUUUAGAAUUACCUUGCCAGAACAGAUGGGGAGCUUUGGUUUAUUUUGGGUCGGGUUAUACACUGUAUGACAAGAAAGUAUGGCACCAGCAAGCAAAGCAGAGAGAAAAGCAGUACUAGAUGCUGGAGCAUGGAUGUUCAAUGUUGUGACAUCUGUUGGCAUAAUCAUGGUCAACAAGGCCUUAAUGGCCACCCAUGGUUUUAGUUUUGCUACAACAUUGACUGGCCUGCAUUUUGCAACCACGACCUUGAUGACAUUAGUAAUGAAAUGGUUGGGGCAUAUUCAGCCAUCCUAUUUACCGUUCUCAGAACUAGUAAAAUUCGUCUUCUUUGCAAACUUAUCGAUUGUUGGGAUGAAUGUUAGUUUGAUGUGGAACUCUGUUGGAUUCUAUCAGAUUGCCAAGCUGUGUAUUAUUCCAGUCUUGUGCCUUCUGGAAAUCAUAUUUGACAAAGUCCGUUACUCGAGAAAUACAAAACUCAGUAUAGUGCUUGUUUUAGUAGGAGUUGCUGUCUGUACUGUGACUGAUGUUAGUGUGAAUUCAAAAGGGCUGCUGGCUGCCAUAAUUGCAGUUUGGAGCACAGCACUACAACAGCAUUAUGUUCAUCUCCUUCAAAGGAAGUACUCGCUUGGCUCAUUUAACCUGUUGGGUCAUACUGCUCCAGCUCAGGCAGCAUCCUUGUUAAUACUGGGGCCUUUUGUGGAUUUAUGGCUGACCAAUAGAAGAGUUGAUACUUUCAAUUACACAACAAUAGUUACGUUCUUCAUCGUAUUGUCAUGUACAAUUGCUGUUGGAACCAAUCUAAGCCAGUUCAUAUGCAUUGGAAGAUUCACAGCCGUCUCAUUUCAAGUUCUAGGCCACAUGAAGACGAUUCUUGUGUUGACCUUGGGUUUUCUUUUCUUUGGAAAAGAGGGCCUGAAUUUUCACGUAGUCCUAGGUAUGAUCCUUGCUGUAAUUGGCAUGAUUUGGUACGGGAAUGCGUCGUCAAAACCAGGGGGCAAAGAGCGGCAGGUUUACUCGGUGCCCAGCGAGAAAACUCAGAAACACGGUAUAUUGUCAUCACCAUCAGAGCUUGAUCAGAAGGUCUGAAUGAGAACCACAAAGUUGUUCGACAUUUUUUGUGAGUCCAUUACUUAUCGAGAAUUUAGAGGCCAUGAUCUGAUUUAUUUAUUAAUUUUUGUAAGUUCUAAGAUGUUUCUGUAGAGCUGAAGUCCAUAGCAGAAAACAGAAUAUGAAAGGAAUUAAGUGGGAAGAUAAACUUAAGUUGUAAUAUUCCAUUCAGUAAUUGCAUAUACGAUGGUAAGAUAAUUUCAGUUAUACUGGCCCA